UCUCUCCGGUAUGUGUAGAAGCGACAGAGAACCGAGGUCCUCUUUGGUGGAAGACCGUGUGCGCGUGACAGCCCGUCUCCUCCGCUCUUACCUUACUCACUCAACCCAAGUACCAUGGAGGAAUCAAGUAGUUGACGUUUCCUGCUGCAACCUUCUCUUUUUAAGCUUUCUUCUCGUCUGAUCACUGUGCUCCUGACCCGGUUUUAUUGACGUUUUGACCUCUCGGCUACUUACGGAAACAUGAAGUACAUCAUCGGCAUUGGCGGUGUAACCAAUGGAGGGAAAACCACCCUUACCAACAGACUGAUCAAGAACCUGCCCAACUGUUGCGUGGUACAUCAGGAUGACUUCUUCAAGCCCCAAGAUCAGAUUGAAGUUGGUGAAGAUGGCUUUAAGCAGUACGAUGUCAUCACUGCUCUGGACAUGGAGGCUAUGAUGAGUACCAUCUAUGCGUGGCUGGAGAACCCGGUGAAGUUUGAGAAGUCUCAUGGCGUUAAUAACACCCUGGAUUCUGAGAUCGUGCCAAAGUCUGACAGCAAGGAGGAUGAGGAGACUCACAUCCUUAUUGUGGAAGGCUUCUUGCUUUACACCUACGAACCUUUGAUCGACGUGCUGAACCAACGCUACUUUAUUUCCAUCCCAUAUGAAGAAUGCAAAAAGAGGAGGUGCUCAAGAAACUACCUGGUACCAGACCCACCUGGCCUUUUUGACGGCCACGUCUGGCCCAUGUACCUGAAACAUAAGAACAUCAUGGAGGCAUCAGCUGUUGAUGUUGUGCAGCUGGAUGGAACCAAGUCAAAGGAGGCGCUGUUCAACUUUGUCUAUGGCGACAUCCUGAAUAACAUCCAGAAGUCUCUCUAACAAAAAUCAUCUGAUUGGCUAAAAGGAUCAUAUAAUCAAUCUGCAAGCUGAAGACCGCCUUGCCUUAAGUUUCCACCUGGCAGCUCAUUUAUCAGAGUGCUAUGUUUUUUUUGUUUUGUUUUUUUGUUAUUUUGUAAAUGUUUACCUUUCAGCAUAUGAUGCUGGCAUGAUUUUAUAUCGAUCAUAUUUAUUGCUUUGAUACGGAGUACACUCCAAAGAGAAUUGAUGGAUUUGUUAACAGGAUGGUUGCACUCAAGUUGCGUAUGUCAAUAAAUGAUCCUCCUGCCAAUUACAA